UCCUUCCCACACCCUUUUUCGUAGUUACCACCCUUCUAAUAAUAGUACUUACCUCUAUAUCAAUAAAUGCCCCACCCCUCUCUCUUAUAAAUAACUCUACUUCAUUUAUUCUACUCUUCUAUUCUUCAAUUUCUCUCCAACUUAAACUCGUCUCUCUCUCUCUAUUCCAUGGUUGUUCCUCAUCUUCACCUUCAAUUAACAUGCCUCUCUCCCACUUCUCCCUCUCAAGGUGGAUUGGAAUACAGCGCCAGAGCUCAGGAGGGUCAACUUCACAUAGCGACGCCGAUGAAUACAUCAACCCAAACUCCAACACGGUGGAAUGCUACGCUUGUACUCAGGUGGGGCUACCGGCGUUCCACUCCACCAGCUGUGACCGAGCCAACCAGCCGCAGUGGGAGGCCUCGGCCGGUUCAUCCUUGAUCCCAAUUCAAUCCCGAACCGACCUCAAGAACGACCUCCUCCUCGCUGCCGCCGCCGAAGCCAAGCGACGCCGACUUCCAACCGGGCCGUUCGGCCGCGUGGUCGACCCGCGCAGCAAGCGCGUGCAGAGGUGGAACCGCGCGUUCCUCAUGGCGCGAGGGAUGGCCCUGGCGGUGGAUCCGCUCUUCUUCUACUCGCUCUCCAUUGGGCGUGGCGGAACGCCUUGCCUCUACAUGGACGGCGGGCUGGCUGCGGUGGUCACUGUGCUCCGCACGUGUCUGGACGCCGUGCAUCUCUGCCACCUCUGGCUCCAGUUCCGGCUGGCUUACGUGUCGAGGGACUCCCUCGUGAUUGGGUGUGGGAAACUCGUGUGGGAUCCACGUGCCAUCGCCUCACACUACGUAAGGUCUCUCAAGGGGUUCUGGUUCGAUGCCUUCGUUAUACUCCCUGUUCCUCAGGCCGUGUUUUGGUUAGUACUACCAAAACUGAUAAGAGAAGAGAGGAUUAAACUCAUAAUGACAAUACUUCUGCUGAUGUUUUUGUUCCAAUUCCUCCCUAAAGUCUAUCACUGCAUAUGUUUAAUGAGAAGAAUGCAAAAGGUCACGGGAUACAUAUUUGGGACAAUUUGGUGGGGUUUUGGUCUCAACCUUAUUGCUUACUUCAUAGCCUCUCACGUUGCUGGAGGAUGUUGGUAUGUCCUUGCAAUACAACGCGUGGCCUCGUGUCUCCGCCAACAUUGUGAGCGAAAUGUCAACUGUAACCUGUCUUUUUCUUGCAGAGAAGAAAUAUGUUACCAAUUUUUGCUGCCUGCUGGCACAAUAGGCAAUCCUUGCGGCGGUAACUCGACGACCAUUGUUAGAAAGCCACUUUGUUUGGAUGUCAAUGGGACAUUCAACUAUGGAAUUUAUCAGUGGGCACUUCCAGUCAUAUCUAGUAACUCAGUAGCCGUUAAGAUUCUAUAUCCCAUCUUCUGGGGCUUAAUGACUCUUAGUACCUUUGGGAAUGAUCUUGAACCCACAAGUAACUGGCUGGAAGUGAUUUUCAGCAUAUGCAUUGUUCUAUCUGGAUUACUCCUUUUCACAUUACUGAUAGGAAACAUCCAGGUGUUUUUGCAUGCUGUUAUGGCAAAGAAGAGAAAAAUGCAGUUAAGAUGUCGAGACAUGGAAUGGUGGAUGAAGAGAAGACAGUUGCCAUCUCGUCUGAGACAAAGAGUUCGGCGUUUCGAACGCCAAAGAUGGGCAGCCUUAGGAGGAGAAGAUGCUAUGGAAUUGCUCAAAGAUUUACCAGAAGGUCUCCGGAGAGACAUCAAGCGUUAUCUUUGUCUUGAUCUCAUUAAAAAGGUUCCUCUGUUUCAUAACUUGGAUGAUCUUAUUCUUGACAACAUAUGUGAUCGAGUUAGACCUCUGGUGUUCACCAAAGAUGAAAAGAUAAUAAGAGAAGGGGACCCUGUGCCAAGAAUGAUAUUCCUGGUCCGGGGACGCAUAAAACGUACCCAAAACCUCAGCAAAGGGUUGGUAGCCACGAGCGUGCUUGAGCCAGGUGGGUUCCUGGGGGACGAGCUACUCUCGUGGUGCCUCCGCAGGCCUUUCGUGGACCGUCUACCGGCCUCAUCAGCCACAUUCACAUGCAUCGAAUCGACCGAGGCGUUCGGCCUAAACUCGGAAGAUCUCAAGUACAUCACAGACCACUUCCGCUACAAAUUCGCCAACCAGAGACUUAAACGAACGGCCAGAUACUACUCUUCCAAUUGGCGAACAUGGGCAGCUGUAAAUAUACAGCUCGCAUGGCGUCGUUACAGGUUGAGGACCAGAGGUCCUGUGAUUCCUGCUGUCUCCCAUGAAAGUGGAAGCACUGAGCGUCGACUCAUGCAGUACGCUGCCAUGUUCAUGUCACUCAAACCCCACGAUCAUCUAGAAUAAUCAAACCUAAACCAAAACCAAAAUCAAUCAAAAUAAUUUUUUUCCCUUAGUUCGAGUACUCAAAAAAUCAUGCUUGUUUAAUAAAGUUUUUUCUGUCUUUCUUUCUUUCUAGCUAUGUCGAGGUAAUCUAAUUCUUGCUCACCAUGAAUUAUUGGUGUUCGAUCAUGUAAAAGAGAAAAACAAAUUGAGUCUUUGUUUUUGGUUGUUAAUAGUAAAUGGUGUGGAGUGGAGGGGUAUUAUUGACA